GCGACGCACUUGGCCCUACGUCAUUGCCACGCGCGGGGAGUUUCGGUGGGCGGUAGGUGGGGAGGUUCCAGACAUAGAUCCUCUCUGCUGCUCGCGUAGAUGGCAGAAUGGUGAGCAAGCAUGAGAUCAUGUUGCUGGGGACAUUAAGUUUGGAGAAAGUGACAAUAGGAAUAAAGUUUUGAAGUGACCAAGGGGUUGUCACAUGGAAGGAUUAGACCUGGUUUUAUGUGUUCCUGGAGAAUACUAUCCAGACCAGUGAGUGGAGGUUACUGGGAAGCAGAUUUUAGUUUGGUAGAAGAAUAAAUUUAUGAAUUGCCAAUCUCUGUCUCUGGAGGGUGCAAAGCAGAGACAAUCAAGAUUCAAGGCACUGAUGUUUGAAUUGGAAGCUCCAAAACUUUUAAAAAGAACCCUCAGAAUGGCUUUGAACUGGACAAGCUAAAAAUUUCUUCAAAAUACCGCCUCCACAUUUGUCUACCCCAUUGGGCCUUCUCGGAGACAUCUUUCUGUCAAGCUGACUCUCAUGGCUCCAGACUAGUAGAUUUGACCUUUCUGCUAGGAUUCUCCCACUUUAUUAUAUUCUCUCUCAGAGUUGUAAGAGAUGUAGAGAUAUUCAUGAAACUGAAGAGCCUACAAGGAAGGGAAGUGACACUUUCAUGCUAAAUGAAAACAAAGCAAGUGGCAAUUGUGAUAACACAUGAACCUACCAUGUCUGGAUUCACUGGAUUGUGAAGAAAGAGUAACAGCCACAGCUGGGGACAAAGAAGUGAUACUGAAAAAGUAAAACCAAAAGAAGAGAAUGAGGACGGCUGCCAAGUAAAUGGCCACCUCCACCUCCGUAGAGACAAAGUUAGCCUCUUGGUGGAAUUAUUUUUUUCUUUAUGAUGGUUCCAAGGUAAAGGAAGAAGGUGAUCCAACAAGAGCUGGCAUUUGUUAUUUUUAUCCUUCCCAGACCCUGCUUGAUCAACAGGAGUUGCUUUGUGGACAGAUUGCUGGAGUUGUCCGCUGUGUUUCUGACAUUUCUGGCUCUCCUCCCACUCUCAUUCGUCUGCGGAAACUUAAGUUUGCCGUAGAGGUCGACGGAGAUUACCUUUGGAAACUACUGCCUACUGCAUUGGAGAAGGUGCUGGGCUGUGCUGUAGAGCUCCCUGAUAUCAGCUGCAAGCAGUUUCUGGAUCAGCUGAUUGGAUUCUUUAAUUUUUACAAUGGACCUGUUUCUCUGGCUUACAAGAACUAUUCUCGGGAAGAACUGAGCACGGAGUGGGAUACCUUCAUUGAACAAAUUCUGAAAAACACCAGUGAUCUGCAUAAGAUAUUCAACUUCCUUUGGAACUUGGACCAAACUAAAGUGGAGCCCCUGUUGUUGCUGAAGGCAGCCCUCAUUCUGCAGACCUGCCAGCGCUCACCUCACGUUCUCGCUGGCUGCAUCCUCUACAAAGGACUGAUUGUCAGCACCCAGCUGCCGCCCUCUCUCACUGCUAAGGUCCUGCUUCACCGAACUGCACCUCAGAUCCAGAGACUGCCUACAGGAGGGGAUGCCCCACAGGAGCCUGGAGCAGCAUUGCCCCCGAAUGUCCAUAUUAUCCCUGUUUUUGUGACAAAAGAGGAAUCCAUCAGUCUCCGUGAGUUUCCAGUGGAACAGAGGACUAGCUCUCCUGCAUCUCCAGCAAGGCUCCAGGACAGCUCAGCCCAGCACCCUCCGAAGGCUGGAAGCACAUUUGCCCUGGAAGAAAAUGCCACCGGGCAUGUAGAAUCUGUGGCCUGGAUGUUGGCGACCACCCUGCAGCCUAUGUCCCCUGAUGAAGCUUGGCCGAGUGGCCAGAGGGAGAAUGAACACUUGUUUGUACGUGAUCUGGAGAGCCUUGGGCCCAAUGAAUUGCACAACUCUGCCAGGGGCCAGGGUCCUGGCCCUAGCUGCUCCCUGGUGAAGGAACUGGGCUUUCCUCAUCAGGAGCUGGAUCUGUCUGAAAUCCACAUCCCAGAAGCUCAGGAAGUGGGACUAUCUUCAGAUUGUUUUGCUUUUCCAGUUGUGUGUGUCCCAGAAGGCAGCCAUUCUUGCCACAAAGAAUCUGUCAGUGGCUCAAGCAACUCAGAACCCGUGCUGCCUGAGGAUACAUCUGCAAGCACCCUGCUCUCUCCCUCCGUUCCUGAGAUGCUAACCCAGAAUGGAGCCCCAGAACUGUGCAAAGAUCUUCGUGGAAACAGCAGCCAAGCCUCUGGUCCCAGAGAAGACCUUUUCUGCAGAAGGACUAGCAGAUCCUUGUCACUGCCUCACUUAGACCCAGGGCAGAGAGGAAGUAAGCUUCCUGCAGGAGAACAAAACAUAGAUCAGCGUGUGGAUGGGGCUUGUGGGGGGCAUGCAGCUCCUGGUCUGGAGAGCAGUGCAGGCUUGGCAAACUGUCGGGGUACUGGCCCCUCCGCAGACAGAUUGGACUCCAGGAGAACCUCCUCAGGGUCCCGUGUGGGACUUGUGCGGAUGAACCUCUACACUCACAGUGUUAAAGGGCUGGUGCUGUCCCUGCUGGCUGAGGAUCUGCUGCUGGGAGAUGGUGCAGCCAUAGAGGAGGUGUACCACAGCAGCCUGGCGUCCCUGAAUGGGCUGGAAGUCCACCUGAAAGAGACUCUUCCCAGAGAUGAGGUCGCCUCCACCAGCAGCACCUACAACUUCGCGCACUAUGACCGCAUCCAGAGUGUGCUGACGGGGAACCUGCCAAAGGUGGCCACCCCGCAGGAUCGCCGCUUCCUCCAGGCCAUCAGCCUGAUGCAUUCGGAGUUUGCCCAGCUGCCCUCGCUGUAUGAAAUGACCGUCAGGAAUGCCUCCACUGCUGUGUACGCCUGUUGCAACCCCGCCCAGGAAACCUAUUUCCAGCAGCUCGGGCCUGCAGCACGGAGCUCCGGCUUCCCAAGUCCUCAGGACAGCGCCUUCAGCCUUGCCAGCAAAGCCAAGCAGAAGCUGCUAAAGCAUGGGGUGAACUUACUUUGAACUGCACCCACAGUACGAUGUUCACUAUCCCAGGAGGUGACUAAAAAAGAAUACCAGUGAAGGAAACUGAACCUUUUUUUUUUUUUUUAACAGAAAAGUUUCUUCUAUUUUAUUUUGCUUGGAAUAUUCACCUUCUUAGGAACUUAAUGAUACUCGAGUUUUUGUUGCUCCUUUUGCAGACUGGAUGCAUUUGUAGGGAUGUGGCUCUUCUGGUCACAGACACAGAACACUUGAAAAGAAUGCCAUCACGUUGGCUGUGUUGGGGCCAGGACGUGCUGGCUCCCUAUACAGAGAGGUACAGGGACAGUUAACUUCCCUGUCAUACUAAGCCUGAGGUCUUUGGCAUUUCCAUCCCAGCUAGAACUGGUGCCACAAAAUUACAGGUGAUGUUUUUCUUCUAAAACCUGACUGUCCCGAGUGUUUGCUCAACUCAGUGAAUGGGUAGGCAGCUUUGACUGCCUAUUUGAGGACCCAGGUCUGUCAGCAGGUGGAACUGACGCCCUUCUCAGGUGGGUUUUCUCUGCUGCGCUCUGCUGGGAGACCUGGAGAUUGACAGAGGGAAGCAUUGGCUCUCUGAAUCUGCUUUGUCUGGAUACUCCUGGAACUAAACUCAAUCUAGGGGCCUAGCUUUGGAAUACCUGCAGGUGGGGCAAGUCUUGAUAAUGCAGGAGGGAGUUCAGGCUUUAGAGACUACUUUAUAAAAGCCCUGGGGAGCCUGCGACUUGAGAAUUCAGAGCAACAGAACCAAGCUGGGUUGCCUUUGCUUAGAAGAGGGCUGUGCAGCUGGUUUCUCUUGAGUAUGUGUCCCCAAACAGGAGCUUACAGGUGUGUUUGGGUAAGAGCUGAACUGUGCUUCUCAGAGGGGACUGAAGCCACUCAUUUGUGUGUGUUUGGACUGAUGUGCUGCUCAAAACCUCAGUUCUAUUACAUCAUAGAACUGGAAGUACCUGAGAUUCCAUUUGAGAACUGAGAUGUUAAUAGUGUCAGUGAACUGAUGUCUGAUGCUUGUGGCAUGGUAUCUUUCUCUUUUUUCUUUUUUUUUUUAUUGUUAAAUCAUAGCUGUGUACAUUAGUGCAAUCGCCUGUACCCAUUCUAAGAUGCACCAUAGAUGUGGCCCCACCCAUUACCCUCCCUCCACCAAAACCUCCCCCCUCCCUUCCCCUUCCUUGGCCCUUUCCUCAUAGUCUUGUGCUAUAGUUGGGUUAUAGCCUUCAUGUGAAAGCUAUAAUUUAGCUUCAUAGUAGGGCUGAGUACAUUGGAUACCUUUUCUUCCAUUCCUGAGAUACUUUGCUAAGAAGAAUAAGUUCCAGCUCCAUCCAUGUAAACAUGAAAGAGGUAAAGUCUCCAUCUUUCUUUAAGGAUGCAUAGUAUUCCAUGGUAUACAUGUACCACAAUUUGCUAGUCCAUUCGUGGGUCGAUGGGCACUUGGGCUUCUUCCAUGACUUAGCGAUUAUGAAUUGGGCUGCAAUAAACAUUCUGGUACAGAUGUCUUUGUUAUAUUGUGACUUUUGGUCUUCUGGUAUAAACCUAGUAAAGGAAUUAUAGGAUUGAGUGGCAGGUCUAUUUUUAGAUCUCUAAGGUCUCCAAACAUCCUUCCAGAAGGAACGUAUUAGUGUGCAUUCCCACCAGCAGUGUAGAAGUGUGCCCUUUCCUCCACAUCCAUGCCAACAUCUCUGGUUUCGGGAUUUUGUUAUGUGGGCUACUCUUACUGGGGUUAGGUGAUAUCUCAGAGUAGUUUUGAUUUGCAUUUCUCUGAUGAUUAAGGAUGAUGAGCUUUUUUCAUGUGUUUAUAGAUUGUGCGUCGGUCUUCUUUGGAGAAGUUUCUCUUCAAGUCCCUUGUCCACCCUGAGAUGGGAUCACGUGUAUUUCUAUUAACAAAUACGUUUGAGUUCUCUGUGGAUUCUGGUUAUUAGACCUUUAUUGGAGGUAUAACCUGCAAAUAUUUUCUCCCAUUCUGAGGGCUGUCUGCUUGCUUUACUCACUAUGUUCUUGGCCAUGCAGAAGCUUUUUAGUUUGAUCAGGUCCUAGUAGUGUAUUUUUGAUACUGCUUCAAUUGCCUGGGGAGUCCUCCUCAUAAAAUAUUCACCCAGGCCGAUUCCUUCAAGAGUUUUCCCUGCACUUUCUUCAAGUAUUUUUAUAGUUUCAUGUCUUAAGUUUAAAUCUUUUAUCCAGUGAGAGUCUAUCUUAGUUAAUGGUGAAAGGUAUGGGUCCAGUUUCAAUCUUCUACAGGUUGCCAGCCAGUUUACCUAGCACCAUUUCUUAAAUAGGGAAUCUUUUCCCCACUGAAUGUUUUUAAUUGGCUUGUCAAAGAUCAAAUAAUGGUAAGUAGCUGGAUCCAUCUCUUGGUUCUCUAUUCUGUUCCAGACAUAUAUUUCUCUGCUUUUGUGCCAGUACCAUGCUGUUUUGAUCACUAUGGAUUUAUAGUACAGUCUCAGGUCUGGUAGCGUAAUUCCUCCUGCUUUGUUUUGAUUGCUCAGUAAUGUUUUGACUAUUUGAGGUUUUUUUCUGAUUCCACAUAAAACGAAGUAUUAUUUUUUUCAAGAUCUUUAAAGUAUGACAAUGGAGCUUUGAUAGGAAUUGCAUUAAAAUUAUAUAUUGCUUUGGGUAGUAGGGACAUUUUUUUUUUUUUUUUUAUUGUUGGGGAUUCAUUGAGGGUACAAUAAGCCAGUUACACUGGUUGCAAUUGUUAGGUAAAGUCCCUCUUGCAAUCAUGUCUUGCCCCCAUAAAGUGUGACACACACUAAGGCCCCACCCACCUCCCUCCAUCUCUCUUUCUGCUUCCCCAGUAUGGACAUUUUAACAAUGUUGAUUCUUCCCAGCCAUGAGCAUGGUAU